UUUUUUCUUUCAAUAGAUAUUUGAAUAAAAAGAAAAUGUCUUAUGGUUGGAAUAGAGACUCAAAUGUCCCCCCUCAACAAUCAGCAGCAGAUCUUGCUAAUUCUUUCUUGAAUUCAGUGGGUCAAGAACUUCAAAGUGGUGUGAGUGGUGAAGGUCAUUAUGGACAUGAAGGACUAGUUCGAUACAAUGAGGAUUUAGGUUACAAUGAGGAUUAUCGUAGAAAUGACAAUAGCAGAGACAGACGCCAUAGCCGAGAUCGCUAUCAUGAUAGGUCACGCGACAACAGACGUAGAAGAUCAAGAGAAAGACGUGAGCGUUCACCUCGUCAUCGUAGUAGUCGGGAUGAUCGAGACUAUCGUCGACGCAGAAGAAGUCCAAGCCCUCGUCGUUCCAGCAGAAGACGCAGCCCCAGCUUACAACGUCGUCGUGAUAAUGAGAAUGUGAUUCCCUUGAGCAAGCGUGAAAGAAAACUUCAUAACUGGGACAUGGCACCUGCUGGUAUGGAAGGCAUGACUGCUGAACAAGUCAAAUCCACAGGCUUGUUUCCUUUGCCUGGUCAAGUUGUAGGUACCCGCACACCUCAAUCGUUCCAGCCUCCUCCUAUCAAUGGUAGUCAUCCAACUACACUCUAUCAUCAUCACGACAACGCCAUGAUGCACGAUGGUUCACGCGUUCGUGUCACUCAAGGUGCUGCUGGCCCUGUUGCCUUGAAUGCCACCUUGGCAAGACAGGCCAAACGUCUUUAUGUAGGUCAAAUUCCCUUUGAUAUUGAUGAAAAGAGCAUGGCAGACUUCUUUAAUGAGACCAUCGAACAACUCAAGUUGGCUGAUACUACACCUGUGGUGGCUGUUCAGAUCAACCAUGACAAGAACUAUGCCUUUGUUGAAUUCCAUACAUCAGAACAAGCAACCUUAGCUAUGGCUGUUGACGGUGUCAUGUUCCAAGGACAACAACUCAAGAUCCGUAGACCCAAAGACUACCAACCACCUGUUGAAGGUGUUGAAUACACAGAUUUACCCUCUCAAAUGCCUGGUCUUGUGUCUACAAAUGUACCUGAUACACCCCACAAGAUCUUUAUUGGUGGUCUUCCUGUCUAUCUAAAUGAUGACCAAGUGGUUGAAUUGUUAAAGUCGUUUGGUGAAUUACGUGCCUUUAACCUGGUCAAGGAUCCACUGACAGGGGCCAAUAAGGGCUUUGCUUUUUGUGAAUAUGCAGAUCCUAGUGUGACAGAUUUGGCUUGUCAAGGAUUGAAUAACAUGGAAUUAGGUGAUCGUAAAUUGAUUGUUCAGCGUGCUAGUGUGGGUGCUAAGCAUGGUACACUCCCUACUGAAUAUGCCACAGGUCAAUUGCCCUUGACAGUGGCUGAUUACUUGCCUAUCUCAAGUGCUAAAGAAGAAGAAGCCACUCGUGUAUUACAACUGAUGAAUAUGGUCACUCCUGAUGAACUAGAAGAUGAUGAAGAAUACCAAGAUAUUUGGGAAGAUAUUGCUGAAGAGUGUGCCAAGUUUGGUAAGAUCAUAGAUAUGAAGAUUCCAAGACCUAGUAAAGAAGGACCUGUUCCUGGAUGUGGUUUGAUCUUUGUAAGAUAUGAAGAAAAAGAACAGACAUUAGAAGCAUUGCGCGAACUUGCUGGUCGUAAAUUUGCUGAUAGAACUGUGGUUGCUACUUUUAUCGAUGAAGAAAAUUACUUGACUGAUAAUUUUUAAAAUAAAUCCCCUCUAUGCUUAGCGAGAAUUGGUGCAGUUUUAAAAAGACUGCUUUUAAUCGUAUUUUAUAAGCGAG